AUGUAUCGAUCAGUUCACAUUUUUCCCACCACGUCGUCGAUAGACUGUUACGACAGUAAGAACAGAAAACCAAAGAAAGCGAGAGCAGUCGAAGUGAGAAUGGAUCGAUAUUUCAAAUUGAGACAAACGUUUAGCGACUAUUUGGAUACAAGAGAUGGAGGUUCCACCCAAACGCCACCAACACCGAUCUACUAUCCGCCAAUCUCCACAAUGACUGAAGAUGACAAGAAACGAUUCACUGUCAAAAAAAUCACAGAAGAGGAGCUGGAAAUAUUUGAUCUACCCACUGAUCAUUUUAGUCCAGUAUACUUCCUUGAACCAGAAUUCGAGCUCCGUUGGUACAACAAACCGGAUGCACUUUGUGGCAGAUUCCAAAGGGAUUGUGAAGCGGAGGCAAUGUCGAAAAUGGCUCAACGUCUUCUGGCACUCUUCAUAAAAAUGGAAAUGCUGGAGUCGGUGGCGUUCAAAUAUGACGAUAUCCGGGCGAUUCGUGUCUAUUUUAUGGAUGAUCGAGAGAUGGCUAAUGAUCGAUUAUUGACGAUUCUGGAUAAUAUCUUCAGCACGUCGAUGAUUAAAUUGGGACAGUUUUCGGAUAAGAUUUCGGUGGCAGUGGAUUAUGAAUUGAGAGCGUUUAUGAGUGAUCAGAAGAAGGCCAAACGUCUCGUCCUUGAAACAAUGCUCAAAUACCCGGAAUUCGUUCCCGACUCUUGGGGUGGAGAAUCAGCGAUUCUGAAGUGGAAGGAUAUGAAAGAAGCGGAUGUUAGAAGACGUGAAGCCGAUGCGAAGGAUAUGAUUGAGAAUGAGAAAAAGGAAAGAGAAGAAAAGUUUAAGAAAGAGGAGGAAAAGGUGAAGAAUGAGGAGGAAAAAACAAAGAAGGAGAAAGAACGAUUGGAGAAGGAGGAACGGAUUAAGAAAGAAGUCGAGGAGGCGGAGCGUAAGAAGAAAGAAGAGAAAGAGAAUCGUCGGAAGGAGGUGAAGAAGAAUCGAGAGGAGCGGCGAAACGCGGAUCAAACGAGAAAAGAUAAGAAAGAAGUUGGUGAGGAGAAGACGGCAUUCGAGAAAGGAAUCAAGGAUUUGUUGGGUGGGGGGAAUAAGAAGAAAAAGGAUGAGAAGAAGAAUAAGAGAAAGAAUAAGAACACCAAGACGACGGAGAAUACGAAAACCAAAGACUUUUCCCACGAAGAGCCGCCAACUCCACCGCCACAUCAACCUGUCCAACACUCUCCAAAAACGCCACCAGUCCCUCUCCCCCUGGGAACCCAGCCACUACCACUACAACCACCACAACCACUUCCAUCUCCACAUCUUCCCACGUCUUCAAAUGCGCCUGGUCAACCACGUCAACACUACCAAACUCCUCCACGGAAACGGUUGAGUAUGGCAGAAGUGGGUCACUUUUUGAGCGGACGAAAGAAGAAAGAAACAACGUCGGCGGAGAGAGUGAGUUCUGGAAACUCGAUGGAUCAUAUCAGUAAGCAUCCGAAAGGUGCUGGUGGUGGAGGAGGAGGUGGAUUGUUCGGACGGAAGCAUCAUAAGAAGUGA